CACAUAACCAGCAUUACAACAACACUGUUGCGAGAUAGCAGUCAAACAGCUGCGAGGGUGUGACAGCUGAGCUGCAAACAUGUCAGUGAAACUGGAAGGCAACAUUUUAGUGACUGGGACGAACAGAGGCAUUGGUUUGGAGCUGGUCAGACAGCUGGCAGAGACGACGGGGGAGCAGGCUCACAUCUAUGCCUGCUGCAGAACACCUGAGGGACCCAGGGCUGAGGCCCUGAGAGACCUCCCCACUCAAUAUCCUGGAAAGAUCACUAUCAUCAAACUAGACAUGUCAGAUGAGGACAGUAUCUCAGCUGCUGUCCAGGCUGUAAGAAAGCAGAUUGGGGCCGGUGGCUUGAACCUCCUCAUCAACAAUGCUGCUAUAACCAAACCGGCCAUACCGGCACCGUUAUCUGCCACCGGGAAAAAGGACAUGAUGGAGGUGUACGAAACCAAUGUGGUUGGACCAUUUCUCAUUGCAAAGAUGUUCCUUCCACUCCUCAAGAGAGCAGCAGAGAUGGACUCACCUGAAAAGGACCAGGAUGAUAAAAUGUCCUGUAUGAGGUCGGCCAUCAUCAACAUCUCCACGAUUAUCUCAUCCAUAGAGAAAGUGCCAGAAACCUUUUCUAAAGCACAGAUGUACCCUUAUAGGGCCAGCAAGGCAGCACUGAACAUGCUGACUCGCUGUCAAGCUGAGGACUUCAAGAGUUACAACAUACUAGUGACAGCAAUCCACCCUGGCUGGGUCCGAACUGAGAUGGGAGGAGAGGAGGCUCCUAUGACCACCAAGGAAAGCGCACAAAGCCUGAUUAGUCUGAUGUCAUCACUCAGCAACAAAGACUGUGGGAUGCUUCUGGACUGGGAGGGUGUCAGAAUCCCCUGGUAGCAGUCACCCUGUCACUCACACCAGGCCUACCACUCAUCUUUAUUGUAUAUACAUAACAGAGACAGUAUACCUGGUGAUACAUCUUUGUACAAUCUCUAUUAUCCAUAUUUUGAAAACUCUUAACACAAUCAGGGACAACAUCUGUCUGUUGUGGACCAAACCAUUUGCAUGUUGUUUUCACAGAAGAUGCAGCCAAUUGUAUAAAAUGCUUCAUUUUUCUUUACAUACAAAACUUAUCUUCAAAAUCUUGAUUAUAGUGUAACUCUGUUCUGACUCUAUGGGCCUCAAGAACAGCACCCAGAUUAAUUUACCUACACUCAAUAGUAAUAUUACCUGUCCCUGACCCUUGACUUGGUGACUGUCUACUUUUGUGAAGGAAUAAAAACUCUAAAACUGUG